GACGGAUGGUAGCAUCAAAGAAGAAAAGGACAGACUUGGAAGUACCUAUGUGGGUGAUCCAAGAGUGGUCCAAAGGCACUAAGGCCAGGGACAACAUGGCAGAGGUGCUUCAGCGUACCAAUUGGGACAAGGACAAGUUUUUGGUUGAGCUUGAGAAGGUGGUUACAAGCCGUCAAACUAUCACCAUCAAGAAAGACGAGGGAUGGUAUUCAGAGUGCGAAAUGAAGAACGAUCUGAAAUGGUCAGCGUCUCGCAUCGCUGGAGCCAAGAAGUAUUGCGAAUCCAAGGGUGACAGCCAUUGCAGGCGGAACUGCUACGACGGUGUCAUGGAGUAUUGGGUCUGCGUCCGCGAAAGCGGAUCUCAUGAGGAGUCGUUGGAGGUUCUCGAGACAAAGCGCUCACGGGAGCAGGCACAAGAGUCCAAGCUUGAGAUUGCGCCAGAUUCUUUUAAAGCUGUCAAUGCCUACAAAGAACGUGGGUCUGAUCUUGCUGCGAGUGGGGCUGACAAUGCUGCUAGCAUGUCUGAGAACAAGCUGCAUGUGAAGCGAUUCAUGGAUUCCUUGCUCGGCAAAGCUACAAAGCUGAAGUCGUGCUUGAAAGACUUGAACGCCAACUUCACCCAAGAAUCCACUGCAUCGCUGGAGUCCCAGUAUCAAAUUUGAAGAUCCAAGAAAAAGAGUUCGGUAGCUGUGUGUAGGUAGCUGCCACCUUUGACUCACUACAUCGCACAACGCUUCAAUGACUCCUGCCACUUCCAGGUAUACCAAGUCGC